AUCUAUAUUUGCUCAAAUAUAUACAAAUAGCUCAGUUGAAUAUGAAAAUUGUCCAUUUAUUGUCAUAGUGGUUACUGAUUAUACAACCACAUGUGAAUAAACAACGAAAAUUAAAAAGCAACAAAUGUAAAACUAAGUAGAAGUGAACAACGGGCAUUUAAAUAAAAAAAAGAGUCUGAUACGGGUAGUAGGGUGUAUGAUAACGCAGUGCAGACAAUUCAGUCUUUCAUUGGACUUACUCCAAUCAGUGUGAUAUUUAUAUUAUAUUUGCCGCACCAUGAUAAUCGAUGAUAUUAUUUAUGUCGGUCUAUUACUCGGACUUAUAGGAUUUGGUAAUUAUUUUCGUACUAUAAAAAAUCCAUUCAAUAAACAAUGGGUGAGUACUGGAGUUGGAUUUUUUGUAUCACUCAUAGUUUCUGGAUGGGAUAUUUUACACCCGAUAGCUAUGACUAUCGUAUGUGCUGUGAUUCUUUCGCAAUUAGCUCCUAGGAUUAGACAUACGGCAUCGUUUUUCUUUUCAUUUUUUUAUCUCUUGAUAAUAUCAAGAUUAACUCAUUUGUUUGGACUACCGGAGAUUUCGACACACACUAAUUUAAUACUCAUGUUGAUGACGUUGAAGUAUGGAGGUAUGGGCUUUGAAUUGAAUUCAGCGCUGGAAGAUUUUAAAAACAAUCCAGAUGUCCAAUGCUACAAAGCUAUGAAAAAUAUUAACUUUUUAGAUGUUGUUCAUUAUGGCUGGAGUUAUAUGGGUAUUUUAACAGGUCCUUUCUAUAGAUACAGGACGUACUGGGAUUGUAUAAAUAGAAAGUUUUCCGACUAUAUUGAAUGUUGGGAACCAACAUUGUACAAAUUAAAAUUAAUAGGUGUAUCAACUGUAAUAUUUUUAUUCACCAGUAAUAUAUGGCCCAAUUUCUAUGUAUUAACAGAAGAAUUUCAACAAAGGUCAUUUUGGUACCGACUAUGGUUCAUUAUUCCAGCAUUUUUAACUUUCCGUACAAGAUUGUAUGUAGGAAUGAUGUUUUCCGAGAGUGUGUGUCAGAUGGCUGGUUUAGGAGUCUAUCCUAUUUGUUCACAACCUCAACCUGGUCUCGGUCCGAAGGACUACAAAGCAGCUGAGCAAAUCGCCUUGAAUCCAGAGAAAAUAAAAGAUGAAAAAAUGGACUUUGAGACAGUGUUUAACAUUGAUUGGUGGGGUGUUGAAAAAAGUUAUCUUGUAAGAACGGCCAUGAAGCGUUGGAAUAUUACUGUUCAGUAUUGGAUGGCUACAUAUGUAUACAAAGUAUUUCCAUGGAAAAAUUUACGAAUACCGGCGACAUUCUUUGUUUCAACAAUUUGGCACGGAUAUGCGUUUGGGUAUUAUGUCGGAAUAUUUUCUGUUAUUACGUACCUUCCCCUUGAAGAUAUGUAUGUUAAAUUUUACAAUCAAACUGAGGAAGGCAGCUCGGCGAGAACAAGAUGGUGGUGUCUGAUGUGGUUUAUGAGAUUCUUCUGCAUGGCUUACCUCUCAUUCGGCUUCCAAUUGCUCACUUUUGAGAAUAAUUAUAUUUAUUACAAGAGCAUUUAUCUAGUUGGACAUAUUAUUGGUGUUAUAAUGUACAUAAUUGGACGCACGCUGAAGCCUUAUUUGAUUACCAAAACUAAUGAUCAAAAGCUAUAAUUAGUAUAGUAUUGAAUAAUAAUUGUUGCCUUAAUAAUUUAAAUUAGGAAUUGAGAUUGCGAAUCUUUUAAUUACUAAUAACAAUUUUAACUAUUUUUUUUUUUCUAAUAAUUUAUUUUGAAAAAUUAAAAUAUUAGUUUUUAAAUAAUUAAUAACUCACAAUUGCCAAUACAUAAUAGUCUUUAAGUAUAAAAUCAAUACGAAGGAUAUUGAUUACGAGUUCGUAUACAAAGAAAGAAAUUAAUUAUUAAUACUGUAGAUUUUACUCAAUUGUUAAAAAAUGCGUAACAAUUUUAUGACAAA